AUGGGUCGACACUCAACAACACAUAGCCAGUGCUUAGUCGCGUCCGCGCACGCUUAUCGUGUGUUUGUUUCAUAGUCCGUACUGCACUGACGUAGUUGGAAAACGCAUUAGCACGAUAAACAGAAAAGCGCCAUUAUCGGCCGCCAUCGAAAUUAUCAGCCAGUGAUAAACGCGAAAUCGUCGUAAUAAAACAUACGAAUGAAAAACAGACAAGAUGACGGACAACUGUGAAAAUAAACAAAAAAUGAAAUUCAAUAAAACGGAGUCGGAAUACAAUAUGAAAUCUAUAAGGUUUCUAUUGCUUACUAUCACCACCAUGUUUAUUUUAAUUUCUGGUCUCAUGAUCAUCCUCGGGAUAUCAGUGUACUCGCACUACCACAACUUCUCGUUCUUCUACGAGAGCACAAAGAGUGGAAGAUUCCUCACGCCUUCCAUCCUUGUCGCUCUACUGGGCUUGGCGUUAUUCGUUGUCACACUCUUCGGCUUCUUCGGUAGCUUCAAGCAGAGCACGUGCAUGGUUAACUUGUAUGCCUUCUUGUUGACUUUAAUCCUGAUCGUAAAAUUAGUGCUGGUCAUCAUCACGUUCGCUAUGGGCCCCGAGACUAUCAUGAACUACAUAAUUGUGCCAGUGCAGCAGUACACAUACGAUCCAGAAAUAGAAGCUGAAAUUGACAGUUUGCAAGUUUCGCUGAAUUGUUGCGGUGGUAACUCCUACUUGGACUACAUCGGUAUGGAAUUUACAAGCAAUCAUUCUACUGUGGUGGUGUCAAAUGUGAUCGACGGUGACCAGAUAACAGUGGUCCUUCCACGCUCCUGCUGUGUAUCAGCCUCGGAGGUCUACUGCACUCGGUUACGUAUCACAAGCUGUAAAGACGCUCUAGCUGAUAUGCUGUUACAGAAUUCCAGUGUUUUAGGAGUCCUUGGUGUUUCUGUUAUGUUUACACAGUUGUUAGGUAUAAUAUUUGCAUUGUUAUUGGCGCGUUGCAUUCGCAAGAUGAAAAGUGAGAAAGCGCUCAUCGCGUGGAUGAUGAAAGAGCAAAUGAUCCUCGCCCGGCAGGCCAGCGAGAACAAAGAAGAUUCCGUGUACAUAGCUAAGCCGGACUCAAGCAUUGCUUAGGGUUGCCAUAUCUUAAAUGUUAUGUGUUACUAUUUCACAGUAUUUCAUUUACACAAUGAUUGAAUUUUUGUUUUAUUUUCUGAUAGUAAACACAUUUUAGGUAUUUUAACAUUGUGAAUUUAACAGGUUUGUCAGAUUGAAAAAAAAUCAGU